AUGCGCAACAUAUAUUGUCGUAUUGCAGCACCACCAGUUGUCUAUUACGGUAUCUGUUUGCUUGCACUGUCGCUUUCAAUAAGUUUUUAUCUUAUACGAAGUAAACCCCUACCUAGUUUGGAGAGACCAAUUUUGCAACCAUAUGAUACCAGAAGUCAAAAACCAGCGCUAAUUCGUUCAGAACCUGAAAGUUUAACUUAUGAAGAACCACCAACUAUAGAUAAAAAGUUUAUUGAUGCUGCCGGCGUUGUGCAAUAUGUCAAUAUUGAUGAACCAAAUAAAGCUACGAGGUUAAAAGAACAACCGGUUAUGCAAUCAACUGAACAGAUGCAACGUUUAGUGCAAAAACAAGUUGGAUAUUCAACCGGAAAUGUUAAUCGGCCUGUACGAUAG